AUGAGUGUUUAUCAUGAAACGUAGUGGAAAAGUGAAAUUCUGUAAUGACUGUAAAAAUGUGAUAAUUAUGAUGUAAUUAAAAAGGAGAAACAAAUGGCUGCACAGCACAUCCAGCAAAGCCACAUGAAUGGUCCUGCCAGCUGUGGCUCUGCAGCUCAUGUCCCCAAAGGACAGAGACGACUGAGGGAUUAAUAUGAAACUGAUAUGACAAAAUACAGCAGAGGAUGACACAUAUGACAGAUUACAGUCGUAACAUAGAGCUUCAGUUUUAUUACUGUUUAGUUUGAGAACGUUUGAGCAACAAUGAGGCAGUCGUAACAGCAGUCGAGAUGGGUGGAAUUGUGUUUGUAAGAAAUAUACAGCUGAGUGUCAUCUCCAUAAAAGUGAAAUUUAAAACUAUAUUUCCAAUAUAUGUGGCAGAUUUGAAGCAUGUAAAUUAUGAAUAAAAAAAGGCCCUGAUAGAUAAAAAUAUUUGCUUUGAGUUUCUCUUUGAGUUCAUUGGAGCAGCGGCUCGGCCUCACUGUGAUGAAGCAGCGUGACGAAGCUGCUGGUGCUAACAGGGAAGUGGUGAAGCUGAAGGUGUCACUCUGCUGUCAGUCGUCAUCUCGACAACAUGAAGACUUCAUGUGUGUCUCUGCUCCUCGGUGUGUGUGUGCUGCUGCUGUCUGCACUGACUGUUUCUGCAGUCUCUCUGACCGUCAGUCCAAACCUGCAGCAGUUCUUCACAGGAGCCUCAGUGUCUCUGACAUGUGAAGGUCAGCUGGGCUCUGAUGGAUGGACGGUGAAGAGGGACACAGGAAGUGGGACUGAGUCAUGUGGAGCAGGUGGGCGGGGCUUCGGGAGGUUCAAUGGUUCAUCCUGUUUCAUUGAUGAGUUCAAGCCAAUCAGUGGAGUUUACUGGUGUGAAGGUGAAGCUGGAGAGAAGAGUGAAGAAGUCAACAUCACUGUAUCAGAUAAACAUGUGAUCCUGGAGAUCCCUGCACUUCCUGUGAGCACAGGAAGUGAUGUCACUCUACGCUGUAAGAAAAAAACUGGUGGCACAGCCGCAGCUUAUUUCUACUGUAAUGGACGUCCUGUUAGACCUAAAUCAGAGAAAAACAUCACCAUUAACGUGCAGCAGUCUGAUGAAGGUCUCUACUGGUGUUCUACUGAUGAGUUUGGAUUAUCUCCUCAGAGCUUUCUGAGGGUCAGAGGUCCUCUUCCUCCAACAACAACAACAACAACAACAACAACAACAACAACAACAACAGAGAUUGAUGUCUCCUAUCCACCUUCUCCUUCUCUUCAUCCUCCUCCUCUCCAGCCCUUCGUCAUCCCAGUCGUCGCUGCUGUGGUUUCUCUGGGUCUUCUGGAUCUGGUUCUGGUUGUAGUUCUGAUGAAAUGGUGGAGACAAACAGGAAGAACUCUGCCAUCACUUCUGAGGAAAGUCGUCUACGAGGGUCUCACCUUAAAAAAAAAGGCCAAUAAGAUUUCAAUCAUCCAGUCACAUGUUGUUUUUUCCAGUCUGAGGACAAACACUGCAGGUGUGUCAGAAGAAAGUAACUGAUGGGCUGUCCAACCUCUUUUUAAAGGAAAAGGACUUUUUCUGUCUCUUCAGAGAAACUUUAUUAAUCCCAGAGGAAAACUGAGUUGCCAUAGCAGCAAAUAUGCAACAAACAACAAGCACUCAUUUAAAAUGAGUGUAGAAACUGA